AUGUUGUCUCUCGUUCAGAACAAGGAAUGUUUUUUGAGAUUACCCGGUUUGUUACAUAUAAAGCGCAUUUGAAAUGAGGAUUUUGGAUUUACAGAAUCCAGGAAUAAUGAGCAAAAUUAUUUAAAAAAAACCUCUCAGAAAACCCUCCAAAAACCCACCAAAAUCCACCAUUCCAGGAUACACCAUACGAUUGUGGUUCACACGGUUAUUGCUACCCAUCAAAUCGCUCCUCCUCCACAACAUGUUCCUCUUGCACUUGUCCCGAUGGUACAACUCAAGUAUCAGACACCGAAUGUGCCACAGCAACUUCUUGCUCACCAACUCCUUGCACAGGAAAUAAUGAGCAAUGUAAUUUGGUAGAAGGUGAAGCGGUUUGUAGUUGUGCUGAUGGUUAUACUGGAACUGAUUGUGAUAUGUGUGAGUUGGAUUUGAAGUUGAUGUUGUCCAAAAAUUAUAUUAUUUUCAGUGACAUCGGAUCCUUGUUCAACUGAGCCUUGCCUUCAAAAUGGAGAUUGUACUUCAGAUUCAAAUGGAUAUACAUGCACUUGUGAUUCAGGAUAUUAUGGAGAACAAUGCCAAUGUAAGGAUAAAAUCUGAAAUUCAAAAUAGCUUACAAAUUCCUUUCUCAAAACAAACCCACCUAUCCAAGUUUUUCCAGAUUCCGGUGAUCCAUGUUCUGAUUAUUGUUCAAAUGGUGGAACUUGUGUGCUGGUUUUCUCUGAAACAACACCGUAUUGUGAAUGUCCUUUUGAAUAUUAUGGAAAAACUUGUCAAACUUCGAGAAGCAGUGAGUUUUUGGCGCAAAUUCGAUUGCUCGAAAACUAGGAAAACUUUGAAAAACGAAAAAAUUUGGCAAACAAUUAAAUAAAAGUAACCAUGCAUGUUCGCUCUAAUGCGAACGGUUUUCUCUGGCACACUCCGCAAAACACGUUGUCUUUUUCAUUUCGAAAACUUUUUGGAAUUUCAAAUGAAAAAAAUUGUAUUUUUUUCUUUGAAGGAAGGGAUUCCGCGAAUACCUCCAAAAUUCAUCAGUUUUAUGAUUUUCACCCCAAAAACCACCAAAACUAUCGAUUUUUCCAGUCCAAACCACCUACGUUGGAUGUUAUGACGAUUCCUCCGCAACAUUUUCCGAUUAUCAUGUUUAUUCGACAAGUGGAAUAACAACUGGAGAUGAUUGUGCUGACGCAUUGGUGACGUAUCGAAAAGCGAAUCCGACGUCGGAUUAUGUGAUUUCUAGUGGGUUAACCCGGUUUUCAGCGGGAAAUCAUGGAAAAUCGAUAUUUUUGCAGCGAUGAGCGGGACAACUGGACAAUGCAUGUUUUCCACAACAAAUACACUUACAACUGCUCCAUCUCAAGGACGUAAGUUUUUUUUUUGAAGAAAAAUUUUAAUUUUGGCGCUAAAAAUCCACGUGUCAAUUCUUUUUUGCAGUUCUCGGCGGUCUUCUCAGCGCUCUCCUUGCCACGUGUUCAUACGCAAGUCUCAGCUCCGGUUCCGCAUCAGUUUAUUCGCUAAAUGAUUUAUGCGCAAGUGAACCUUGCGGCGAUGCGGAAACCGGAGAAUGUUAUCAAACUUCCGCUUCCGCAUAUUCAUGUCUCUGCAGGUGAGAAUCUCUGAUUUUCCAGUCCAAUUCGGCCCCCAAUUGUUUGCAGCCCGCUGAAAACUGGCACAACUUGUUCAAGCGACGCGACUCUCACACCGUGCAAUGGAAUUGAUUGCGGAGUUACAGGAACUUGUGAAAUAACAGAUGAUCAGAUUGGAUAUUAUUGUAAAUGUGCAAAUACGAAUCAAACAACCGAAUGUGUUUCGGAUCCUUGUUUAAUCGAUAAUCCGUGUUUGUAUGGUGGAACUUGUCGAGAUUUGGGAAAUGGAUCGUAUUCUUGUGAUUGUUUGAAUUUGUAUUGUCAGACUAAUUGUUCGAGUGAGAAUUUUGGGGGUUUUUUGAGCUAAAAAUCAUGAAAAUUGGCCUAAAAUCACCCCAGAAACUUCUGUGGGCGUUGUCUGAUUAAAAAUUAGAAUUUUCAAUUUGUUAAGUUACAAUUACAUAUCGAUUUUCAAAAAUUUGAUUUUUUCAAAUGAAAAUUUUGAAACAGUGGAAAUUUUUUGGAAAAAAUUUUGAAAGCAAAUUUCAUUCAAAAACCUCACUGUUUCAAAUAUUCAAAAUCAGUACUGAGAUACAGAGUGCAAUGGAAUUAGAGAUCUCAUUAGCGAAAUUCAAAAAUGUUGAGAAUUCAUUGAAAUUUUGAAACAGUGAAUAAUUUUUGAGCAAAAAAUAUUUUUUAUAAAAAUUAUUCACUGUUUCAAAAAUUUAUGAAAUUUUCUACAUUUUGGAAUUUUUCUAUUUUACUAGCUGAACCUAAUUUUAUUAAUUAAAUUUUGAAAAUGAGUUAUGACGUGGCAAAGCUUGAGAUUUUUUUGAAUUUUCACGAAUAGCUCAUGAUCACAAAAAUUUAAUAAAAAAUUUGGUUCGAAAAAAAAUCGGAUAAAUUCAAAAAUUUAGAGAAUUUCUCGAAAUUUUGAAACAGUGGAAAAUUUUUGAGCAAAAAAUUCACUGUUUCAAAAUGUUGGGAAAUUUUAUAACAUUUUUGAAUUGAUGAUUAAUCAUAUAGAUUAUGAAUUCCUAUGUUUAUUAAUUUCAUUUUGAAAAUUAGUUAUGACGUGGCAAAGCUCGAGAACCUUUUUUUGAAAUUUUCAAACUUUGCCACGUCAUAACUCUUAUUCAAAACUUAUCACAAAAUCAAUUUUGUCGGAAAAAAAUUCUAUCGAAUUGAAGAAAUUCAAAAGAUUUUAGAAUUUCACGAAAUUUUGAAACAGUAGAAAAUUUUUGAACAAAAAAUCUUCACUGUUUCAAAAAAUUAUUUAAAUUUCAAUAUUUUGGAGUUUUUUUUAUUAUUUUAUUAGCUGAAUUUAGUCAAUUAAAUUUCGAACAUGAGUUCUUUUUUUUUGAAAUUUUCAAAUUUUGCCACGGAAUAGUUCAUGUGCAAAAUGUUGGUUUGCUAAGAACCCAUUCACAUUAUAACAUCCUUCUUCCUGAGUAGAGAAAUUGAAAAAUGUUGCAAAUUUCUUGAAAUUUUGAAACAGUGGAAAAUUUUUUUACUGUUUCAAAAAUUUAUGAAAAUCUUUGAAUUUUUGAAUUACUUUGAUUUUUUUCCUGACAAGCCAUGUUGAAUUUACUCAAUUAAAUCCAGCUGCUGGACAAUUCUUUUCAAAUAAAAUAGACCACGCCCCUAAAACCCAGCCGCAACCAAAUAUUUUUGCAGCCUUCAAUCCAUGUUAUAUCAAUAAAUGUGUAAAUGGUGGAACUUGUUCACCAACUUAUAAUUUAUUGGAUUCAACAUUUACAUGCGAAUGUGACAGUAGCUGGAAAGGUGAAUAUUGUGAAGAAGAACGAUUCUAUUGCGACGAAACACCGUGUAAAAAUAAUGCGACUUGUGAAGAUAUUAUCGGACCACCAAAUUCAUAUAAUUGUACUUGUACUCCACAAUGGCAGGGACAAAAUUGUACGGAAGAUGUGAAUGAAUGUGAAAAUGAUUCGACAUUGUGUAAAACGAAAGAUUCGGGAGCAAUUUGUGUGAAUACAAAUGGAAGUUAUUAUUGUGAAUGUAGUGCGGAUAUGUUUGGAACACAGUGUUUGUAUAGUGAGUUUUUGAGGGAGGUUUUGAGCUAG